AUGUCCGAUCCUCAUGAUUUGACAAAAACGUGGGGUGACAUAGAUUCGGCGGUUCGUCGGAUAGCAGCACGCUGUGAAGUUUACAAGGAUCCUACCGAUCGGGUAUUUUCUGAAGCAACAGAAGCAGGAAAGCUAGUAGAAAUUAAAGAAUCAUUUGAGGAAGAAGCGUUACAAUUUCGUCUAGCUGUUAUUCGUCAACGCUUGAAACAAGAAAAACGUGACAGCUGGCUUCGACCAAUUGGAAGUACAGAAUUUGAUGCAUUAAUACGUGUGGUAGUUGAACGGAAAUUUUUGGAAUCGUUGAAAGAAAUUGGUAUUACCGAUUUACUCAUACAAAUGGGCAAAGGUAAAAUAGAGCUUGAAAAAGGUAAUCAUUAUGGUAUAAAUAUCAAUUACUAUCGUUACAAAGAUGAUAUUUUACAAGAUAUUGCUGAAGCAGACUUGGUAAUUGGACAUGCUGGUGCUGGAACAUGUCUUGAAGUGCUUCGAUAUAAGAAACCACUUGUGGUAGUGGUUAAUGAAGAGUUAAUGAAUAAUCAUCAGUGGGAACUUGCUGAACGCUUACAAGAGUUGGGCCAUAUUUUCUGCACCAGACCAAACGAUUUAGCUGAAGUUAUCAAAUCACCUGAAAUUUUCAAACGUAGACCAUUUGCAGGACCUGAUUAUUCAAAUUUAGCAAAUAUUAUUCUUAGACAUAUUGGAAUAGACAUAUAA